UAAGUGUGUCUCUGUGUGUGAGCUUACUGGAUCAUUUUCUCUGGCUCUGGAGGUGAACAGGAAGAGGAGAGGGAUUUUUUUUUCUCAGGAUAUCUGGGAGUGGUGGACAAGGAGGACUUGUCAAACUGUUCUUUCUGAUUGCUGUUGGAGCUUUCUGGAAAAGGAGGGAGUUUGAACCUGGACACUGAGAAAAGGAGGCUACAUUAUAUCACCUCAGUGACAAAUCAGAUGCUUGGAUAGAAGUGUGACGUUCAGUUUUAUUGCUGGUGGUUAGGACCCUUCAGAUCACCACUAAAUUGUUUUUAUUUUAUUUGUCCUGGGAGAAACAGUCAUGACUGCUGAGCCUGUUUGUGUUUCUGUGAGGCUGAACCCACCGUGUUUUUGACUGGGAGCUCCAAACAUGUUAUUGUUCUCAAACAAAUGAGGGGCUGGAAUAGCACACGGCGGACACGGACAGUACUCCUGUCAGGAUAACAGCCAGACUGCUGCUGGACUGGAAUUUGAUCUUCACACUUGAGCCCAAUCUGCUGCUGUCAUGGCAGAGAGGAAAUGUCUGUGACUGCGCUUCAGAGACUCAUAUGCUCUCCACUACGUUUUAUUCCAAGGAGUCGUGCCUGAAGCAGAAACAUGUGAUGUGCUGUGCGUGGGAAGAGAACCCAGCUAGUCUCGCGCAGGACUAAAAUAUGUAACUGCUGAAAGACACGUCGCUUAUUCACGAAAAAAAAAAGAUUUUUAUUUAUGAGAGAGUAAAUUAACAUUAUUAGAAAGUUAAUCUGGAUUUAAUCUUUUUUCAGUUGUACUUUUUGAGUUCAUUUUGAAAACCGUGUAGAUCUGUGUUCAUUCAUAAGUUAGUCAUAUAAUUCUGUGUUACGUCCUACUAUGACAUGCUGCUUUCUCAGUGUUAUUAGAUAUAUAGAUGUCUUCCCUGUCUUUUGAAGUUAGUCACAGUUCCUAUGGUAGCGCAGGAUUGAUUCAUCCUGUGGUUUAUCUGUCUCGUGUCUGUAUCCUGUCUGUGGCAGGAAGGAGGCGUAAUAGACAAUGUGACAUCAAUGCAAACACGGCACUUUCUCACUGACUGGCAAAACUGGGUUCAAAGUUCAAACUCUGCAGCGAAAGCAGGAGGGUAGUUUCAGUGUGCAUGCGUGUAAGUCACAUUUCACUGUCACUGGUGGCAGUAUCUCUCAUCAAGGUGACAGAAACUUUUCCCUAAAGAAGCAACUGGUUGUCAAAGAAAUACUGAACUUCACAAGCAUUGUUAAUUGUUUUGAAUGUUGUUCGGUCUCCAGUGUCACUUUGAUACCGCAGCUAGGCCUGGAUAUUUCUGGAUCUGUGAGGACUCGCAUCUGGACUCCAACUGUGACUGUGUUUCUGGAGUUUGCGUCAGGCCUGAGUGGAAUGUUUGGCCAUCUGUAUCCCCCAGAUGUGUGUGGAUGCUGGAAUAAGACCAGUGCACUGUGAAUGACUUACACACACACACACACACACACACACACACACACCCUUGUGCUGUGGACUUCAGGGAUCAUAAUACUUUAACACAGCUGAGGCGUACAGACAAUUCCAAACUCAUCAAUGGAGUGCUUAUGCGGGCAGGCAGCUGAUUUCCAUGAAGAGCAGACCUAUAAUGAGAGUCCAGUAGUGAUCUCCUCCUAUGCCUCACAGUUAGAACUUAACUUCAUUGAUGGAGGAGGAGGCAAUUAUGACAUAGUGAACAACGCUGUGAUCUCAACACCCGGGCCACAAAACCACAGAGCCCAAAAUGUUUCCUUACGGCAAAGCUGGGAGAUGAACUACCAAGAGGCAGCCAUCUACCUGCAGGAGGGAGAGAACAACGAUAAGUUCUUCACCCAUCCUCGAAACCCAAAAGCACUGGCAGCGUACCUGUUUGCCCACAACCACCUGUUCUACAUGAUGGAGCUGCUGACAGGCCUACUGCUGAUGAUGCUGUCGCUGUGUGAAGCUCCUGCUGUGCCCUCACUGCGCCUGGAUGUCUACGUCCAUGCCACUCUGGAGCUGCUGGCUUUGGUCAUGGUGGCAUUUGAGCUAUGCAUGAAACUCCGCUGGUUAGGCUUCCACACCUUCAUACGACACAAGAGGACCAUGGUGAAGACGUGUGUGUUACUGCUACAGUUCGUGGAGGCCAUAGUGGUUCUGAUCAGACAGACGUCUCACGUGCGAGUAACCAGAGCUCUCCGGCCAAUUUUCCUGGUGGACUGUAGAUACUGUGGUGCUGUGCGCAGAAACUUGCGUCAGAUCUUCCAGUCCCUUCCACCUUUUAUUGACAUCCUCCUACUGCUGCUCUUCUUCAUGGUUAUAUUUGCUAUCUUGGGUUUCUGCCUCUUCUCUCCAAACACCACUGACCCGUACUUCAGCACUCUGGAGAACAGCCUCGUCAGUCUGUUUGUGCUGCUGACCACAGCAAAUUUUCCUGACGUGAUGAUGCCAUCCUACUCCAAGAACCGCUGGUCCUGUGUUUUCUUCAUUGUUUACCUCUCCAUAGAGCUCUACUUCGUCAUGAACCUGCUCUUGGCAGUGGUGUUUGAUACGUUUAAUGAUGUCGAGAAGAUGAAGUUUAAAUCCCUUUUGCUGCACAAACGCUCCGCUAUUGACCACGCCUUUCAGCUGUUAGUUAGCCGGCAGAGGCCGUUGGGCGUGUCGCUGAAACAGUUUGACGGUCUGAUGCGAUUUUACAGACCACGGAUGUCUGCAAGAGACCGCUUCCUCACAUAUAAAGCCCUUAACACCUCAGGGGCUCCAAUGCUCAGUUUACAGGACUUUUAUAAGUUCUAUGAGGUCACUGGCCUCAAAUGGAAGGCACGACGCAGUGGGGAACAUUGGUUUGAUGACCUUCCACACACAACCUUCCUCAUUUUUAAAGGCAUCAAUCUGCUUGUGAAGUCAAAGGCCUUCCAAUAUGUCAUGUAUGUGGUGGUGGCCAUCAACGGUGUGUGGAUCCUCGUGGAGACGUACACGCUGAGUAGUGGAUUUUCUUGGUCCAGAAUUGUCCCCUGGAGUUACAUUGUUUUCCUGACCAUUUAUGGUGUAGAGGUGUUAUUGAAAAUUACAGGUUUGGGGCCGAUGGCUUAUUUCAGCUCUGGGUGGAAUCUGUUUGACUUCUCAGUGACAGUGUUUGCCUUCCUGGGCCUGAUUGCUCUUGCCUUCGAUAUGGAGCCCUUUUAUUUUAUUGUAGUUCUCAGACCAUUUCAGCUGCUCCGGUUGUUCAAGAUAAAGCAGCGGUAUCGUAAUGUGUUGGACACCAUGUUUGAGCUCUUCCCCAGGAUGGCGAGUCUGGGCUUGACCUUAAUCAUCUUCUACUACUCCUUUGCUAUUGUGGGGAUGGAGUUCUUCGCAGGUGUGGUUUACCCCAACUGCUGCAACACCAGCACAGUGGCAGACUCCUAUAGACAGAUCAACAUCACCUAUGGCAACAAAACAGUGCUGGAAGAAGGCUAUUAUUAUCUCAAUAAUUUCAACAACAUUCUCAGCAGCUUUGUGACUCUGUUUGAGCUGACUGUGGUCAAUAACUGGUACAUUACCAUGGAAGGAGUCACUUCUAUGACGAGCCACUGGAGCCGGCUCUACUUCAUGACCUUCUACAUAGUCACCAUGGUGGUGAUGACCAUCAUUGUGGCGUUCAUUCUCGAUGCGUUUGUGUUCCGCAUGAACUACAGCCGCAAGAACCGGGAACCGGUGGAGAACCCAGAAGAUGAGAACGGGAUAGUAUUUGAAGUGGAGGUGAGUCGUGAUGAAGCUCUGGCCACUCUGGAGCUGUACAAACAGACCUGCCCAGGACUGUCCUCCCUGAGCUCUCUGCAGGGAGUCCUACAAGCAAUGGACAGGGGUGGGCACACAUCUCUUGUGUAUCUAGGUCGUAGGUCUAGGACGAAGAGCGACCUCAGCAUUAAAAUGUAUGAGGAGGAGAUACAGGAGUGGUAUGCAGAGUAUUCAAGGGAAAACUUGCCUCAGCCAGACCAAAGCCUGGAGCGGGAUCUGGACAGUCCCGUCUCUGAACCGUCUUCCUUUCCAGAGCCUCAGCUCAACUCACAGACUGGACCUCACAGCAUCAACUAACGCACAGUUUGCAAGCGGUACAUAUCACGCCACCAUCUCUGCGUUUUAAAUGCUACAAAACCCCAAUCACUCCAGGUCUUUUCCACUUCCCCCACGCUCCCCAUUUGCCACAGUGGGAAACAAGUCCGGGGCCUUUUGGACUGAUGCAAGAGUGAGACGAGUUAAUAACACUACAGACAGAAAGACAGGUCUGUCGCUCAACCAGUGAAGUGGGAAUGUUGCCCUCUUUUGGCCUUUUCAAAGACUGCAGCAAAUACUACCAGGGAGCCUGUAGUACUACUGUAUGUUGUGUACGUAUACUGCUGUAGGCCUUUUGUGACCUCUUGUAAGACAUGUAGUACUUAAACCUGAUGCCUUAGUUUAAUGGCCCAUAUGAUCAGUAUUAACACAGACACAACUUAAGUUCUCUAAAGACCAAAAGUAUAAACAAUUACACUCCCUUUAGCUCAACCCAACAAAGCCAGUACGGUGUAUCUCCUAACUAAUGUCUCUACAGACUCAAAAUAUUUUACUUUUAUAUAACUUCUUAUUCUGUAAUGUAUUUGAGUUAGUUAAUAAGGGAUUUUAUUAAACUGUUCAAAUUGUCA